CCGGCGCGCGCGGGGGGUAUGAUGACCCGGCGGCGGGGCCCCGGAUCCUGUCUCCUCCGCCGCCUCCUCACGGCAGCCCCAGCUCGCGGCUGAGAACCAGACACACCGGCGGUAUGGCAUCACAGCUGCAGUUUUCCCCCCCAUCAGUGUCGUCGAGUGCCUUCUGCAGUGCGAAGAAACUGAAGAUAGAGCCCUCUGGCUGGGAUGUUUCUGGACAGAGCAGCAACGACAAAUACUAUACCCACAGCAAAACCCUCCCAGCCACACAAGGGCAAGCCAACUCCUCUCACCAGGUAGCAAACUUCAACAUCCCCGCCUAUGACCAGGGCCUUCUCCUCCCAGCCCCUGCCGUGGAGCACAUUGUUGUCACGGCCGCUGACAGCUCAGCCAGUGCGGCCACAUCAACCUUCCAAAGCAGCCAGACCCUGACGCACAGGAGCAACGUUUCUCUGCUGGAGCCAUAUCAAAAAUGCGGACUGAAAAGAAAAAGUGAGGAAGUCGACAGCAACGGUAGCGUGCAGAUCAUCGAAGAACAUCCCCCUCUCAUGCUGCAAAACAGGACUGUGGUGGGUGCUGCUGCCACGACCACCACGGUGACCACGAAGAGUAGCAGUUCCAGCGGAGAAGGGGAUUACCAGCUGGUCCAGCAUGAGAUCCUUUGCUCGAUGACCAACAGCUAUGAAGUCCUGGAGUUCCUCGGCCGGGGGACAUUCGGACAGGUGGCGAAGUGCUGGAAGCGGAGCACCAAGGAAAUCGUGGCCAUCAAAAUCCUGAAGAACCACCCCUCCUACGCCAGACAAGGACAGAUCGAAGUGAGCAUCCUUUCCCGCCUAAGCAGUGAAAAUGCCGACGAGUAUAAUUUUGUCCGUUCUUACGAGUGCUUUCAGCAUAAGAAUCACACCUGCCUUGUGUUUGAGAUGCUGGAGCAGAACUUGUAUGAUUUUCUAAAGCAGAACAAGUUUAGUCCACUGCCACUCAAGUACAUCAGACCCAUCCUGCAGCAGGUGGCCACAGCCCUGAUGAAGCUCAAGAGCCUUGGUCUGAUCCACGCCGACCUUAAGCCAGAAAACAUAAUGCUGGUCGAUCCAGUGCGCCAACCCUACCGAGUGAAGGUCAUUGACUUUGGUUCUGCCAGUCACGUUUCCAAGGCUGUGUGCUCAACCUACUUACAGUCACGCUACUACAGAGCCCCUGAAAUUAUUCUUGGAUUGCCAUUUUGUGAAGCUAUUGAUAUGUGGUCCCUGGGCUGUGUGAUAGCUGAGCUGUUCCUGGGAUGGCCUCUUUAUCCUGGUGCUUCGGAAUACGACCAGAUUCGUUACAUUUCACAAACACAAGGUCUGCCAGCUGAAUAUCUUCUCAGUGCCGGGACCAAAACCACCAGGUUUUUCAACAGAGACCCUAAUCUGGGGUACCCACUGUGGAGGCUCAAGACACCUGAAGAACAUGAAUUGGAAACUGGAAUCAAAUCAAAAGAAGCUCGAAAGUACAUUUUUAACUGUUUAGAUGACAUGGCACAGGUGAACAUGUCCACAGACUUAGAAGGAACAGACAUGUUGGCAGAGAAGGCGGAUCGCAGAGAAUACAUUGAUCUGUUAAAAAAAAUGCUAACAAUUGAUGCAGACAAGAGAAUUACUCCUCUGAAAACUCUUAACCAUCAGUUUGUAACAAUGACUCACCUUCUGGAUUUUCCACAUAGCAAUCAUGUUAAGUCUUGUUUUCAGAACAUGGAGAUCUGCAAGCGGAGGGUUCACAUGUAUGAUACAGUGAGUCAGAUCAAGAGUCCCUUCACGACGCACGUGGCCCCAAAUACAAGCACAAACCUAACCAUGAGCUUCAGCAACCAGCUUAAUACAGUGCACAAUCAGGCCAGUGUUUUAGCUUCCAGCUCCACUGCAGCAGCUGCUACUCUGUCUCUGGCUAACUCGGAUGUCUCACUGCUGAACUACCAGUCGGCUCUGUACCCGUCGUCUGCCGCCCCAGUGCCUGGAGUGGCCCAGCAGGGCGUUUCCUUGCAGCCUGGAACCACCCAGAUUUGCACUCAGACAGAUCCAUUCCAACAAACCUUUAUAGUAUGUCCACCUGCUUUUCAAACUGGACUACAGGCAACGACAAAGCAUUCUGGGUUCCCUGUGAGGAUGGAUAACGCUGUGCCGAUUGUCCCCCAGGCGCCAGCGGCUCAGCCACUGCAGAUCCCGUCAGGCGUGCUCACGCAGGGAAGCUGUACACCACUAAUGGUAGCAACUCUCCACCCUCAAGUAGCCACCAUCACACCGCAGUAUGCGGUGCCCUUUACCCUGAGCUGCGCAGCCGGCCGGCCGGCGCUGGUUGAACAGACCGCUGCUGUACUGCAGGCUUGGCCCGGAGGAACCCAGCAGAUUCUCCUGCCUUCCACUUGGCAACAGCUGCCUGGGGUAGCUCUGCACAACUCUGUCCAGCCCACGGCAGUGAUCCCAGAGGCCAUGGGCGGAGGCCAGCAGCUCGCAGACUGGAGGAGUGCCCACUCGCAUGGCAGCCAGUACAGCACUGUCAUGCAGCCGCCGUCCUUGCUCACCAGCCAUGUGACACUGGCCACUGCGCAGCCCCUGAAUGUUGGCGUUGCCCAUGUCGUCAGACAACAGCAGUCCAGUUCCCUGCCUUCGAAGAAGAACAAGCAGUCGGCUCCAGCCUCCUCUAAGUCUUCUCUGGAUGUUCUGCCUUCUCAAGUCUAUUCCCUGGUUGGGAGCAGUCCCCUCCGAACCACAUCUUCCUAUAACUCCCUCGUCCCCGUCCAAGAUCAGCAUCAGCCAAUCAUCAUUCCAGACACUCCCAGCCCUCCUGUGAGUGUCAUCACGAUCCGCAGUGACACCGACGAGGAAGAGGACAACAAAUACAAGCCCAAUAGCUCUGGCCUGAAGGCAAGGUCCAAUGUCAUCAGCUACGUCACUGUCAACGACUCUCCCGACUCUGACUCUUCCCUGAGCAGCCCGUAUUCCACCGAGAACCUGAGCGCUCUCCGGGGCAAUAGCGGGCCCCUUCUGGAGGGGCCGGGCAGAGGCGUGGGCGACGGCCCUGGCACCCGCACCAUCAUUGUGCCUCCGCUGAAGACUCAGCUUGGUGACUGCACUGUAGCAGCCCAGGCCUCGGGUCUCCUGAGCACUAAGACCAAGCCUGUGGCCUCGGUGAGUGGGCAGUCCUCUGGAUGCUGUAUCACCCCCACCGGGUACCGAGCGCAGCGCGGGGGGACCAGCGCGGCACAGCCACUCAACCUCAGCCAGAACCAGCAGUCAUCGUCAGCUCCAACCUCGCAGGAGAGAAGCAGCAACCCUGCCCCCCGCAGACAGCAGGCGUUUGUGGCCCCGCUCUCCCAAGCCCCCUACGCCUUCCAGCAUGGCAGCCCGAUACACUCGACGGGGCACCCACACCUGGCCCCAGCCCCUGCUCACUUGCCAAGCCAGCCUCACCUGUAUACGUACGCUGCCCCCACCUCUGCUGCUGCACUGGGCUCCACCAGCUCCAUUGCUCAUCUCUUCUCCCCCCAGGGCUCCUCAAGGCACGCUGCAGCCUAUACCACCCACCCCAGCACUCUGGUGCACCAGGUCCCUGUCAGUGUGGGGCCCAGCCUCCUCACCUCUGCCAGUGUGGCCCCUGCUCAGUACCAACACCAGUUUGCCACCCAGUCCUACAUUGGCUCGUCCCGAGGCUCAACAAUUUACACUGGAUACCCACUGAGUCCUACCAAGAUCAGCCAGUAUUCCUACUUGUAGUUGGUGAGCGUGAGGGAGGAGGGGCCGUGGCUGCCCUCUCUGGCCCCGAGUUCUGCAGAAUGGCAGAAUGGGCUGUGCUCAGCUCCUCCCCUACUCUCUCCUGAAACUCCUUAGCCAGCCCCUCGCUCUGCAGGGCCCACUGACAGAAGGUUUUUCUCUGGGGAACCUGUCUCAGUGUUGACUGCAUUGUUGGAGUCUCCCAAGUCCGCCCGUUUUUAAUUCCUUAUUUUUGCGACAGCAGUCUGCUAUUUGGAAGAUUCAGAUGCCCAUCUUCUGCAGUGACCAAGGGAGAGAGGUCAUUCUGAAGUCACCCUUUGAAAAAUAUUUUCUCUCGGACUUUUGUUUCUAUAAAUGCUUUUAAAAACAAGUGAAGCCCCUCUUUAUUUAACUUUGUUUUAUUGUAGUUACUGGUCAGAGGAAAAAUGCCGAUAGAAGGACUUGGAGUCUGUUAGUGAGAGAAAAAAAAUCAUUGCUUUUUGCUUGUUUAAAAACCAAGACUUAAUUGCCUGUUUUAAGAGUAGCUUUCUCAAGUCCUUAUUUUUCUAUCAGGCACUUCUCCUCAGAAUUUUACUUUUGUCUGUGAGAUAUUUAAACUUAGAGUGUUUUAGUUUUGUUUUCAUGUCACAUUAUACUUAAUGGGCAAUUGUUAUUUCUGCAUAACUGGUUGUGUACUGCUCUGAAUGACUAUUGGGAUUCUCUCAUUGCUCUGUGUGUAUUACAAAGUCGUGUUCAAAAGGCCGCUCACCGUGUGCUGGUAACAGCGCGAGAACCCAUGCCUGCCCUGAAAACACAAAGCCCCACGUGUUCUUCUUAAACGAAGCACCGUGCAUUAUUUUGAAAUUAUUUUUUAAAAUGUCCUGAUUCAGCUCACAUUUUAUUAUGGAAAAGCCAUUGAGGUGGUUGCUAUUGUACGGUGGUGGUGGUUUUAUUAUAUGCAAAAUCUCUUUGUAGUAUGCGCUACUGGCAUUGAUGAGCUUCGCCUAAAGAUUAGUAAGUAUUUUCAAUAAUCCACCUCUCUCUCUCCUCCCCUCACCUCUCCCUCCUGUUCUCUGUGAUUGAUUUGGGGAGAAAGCGAAAGAAUCUGAGACCAGAUGAGAACAUUGUGUAUAGCUUUUAUACUUUAGACUAGCUUCCUUUGUAUGCCAGCAGCAGACUGAAUGCUCUCUUAUUAAGACUUACACAAUAAGUGCAUGUAGGAAUUGCAAAAAAUAUUUUAAAAAUUUAUUACUGAAUUUAAAAAUAUUUUAGAAGUUUUGUAAUGGUGGUGUUUUAAUAUUUUGCAUAAUUAAAUAUGUACAUAUUGAUUAGAAAAAUAUAAUAAGCAAUUUUUCCUGCUCUCCCAAGAUGUUAUUUGUAAUCAAAUGUGUAGUGAUUACACUUGAAUUGUGUAUUUCGUGUGUACCUGAUCCUCCAGUGUUACCCGGGAGAUGGAAUUGGUGUCUCCAUUGUAUUUAAACCAAAAUGAACUGCUCCUUGUUGGGAUGUAUGUGAACUAAUUGCGAUUCUGUUAGAGCAUAUCACUGUAGUGCUGAAGGCGCAGGGCGUCGCCUGCAGGAGCGGAGACCGUUGGAGUUGUUUUUGCACAGGUGUGUCUGGUGAGGACUUGUGCAGUGAGUGCCCCUCCCUUCCCCCUCUGCCCUCCCCUAUUGUAGUGCCUUAUAUGAUAAUGUAGUGGUUCUAGAGUUUACAGUGAGCUUGCCUUAGGAUGGACCAGCAAGCCCCCGUGGACCCUGAGCUGUUCCCCGGGUUUAUCAGAACAGGACUAGUAGCUGUGCUGUGUACAUGCGUUGUGCUCAGUUUCCCUGCCGACACGGAAACCUUCAAAUAGCAGCUUUCCUCCUCUCCCGCCGCCUCUGCCCCUUCCCAUCCCGGCGCCUCAGCCUCCUCUCUCAGAAGCACGUCCCCACGUGGCUCCCCACUGCGCGGCCACCUGCUCCUGUGAGCAUUCAGGGAGCAGGUGAGAGGAGUCAAGCCAGUAUUUAAUAUGCAUCGUUUCUUCUUUCCAAAAAGGAUGUGCAAUCACUUUGAGAAUGAGAUUCCCCCCUUUCCCCAUGUGGUAGUCCUUCCUGCAGAUAGCUGACAUUCCUAGUAAAAUAUUUGCUUGUUGAAAAACAUAUAUAACAGAUGUGUUUAUACCAAAGAGCCUGUUGUAUUGCUCCCCGUGUCCCCACACUACGAAGAGUCUCGUGGUGCCGCUGGUGGCAGCGAAGAAUCUUAGGAAAGUACCAAAGCCGUUGGGCUUUUGAGGUUCCUUUUUGCCAACUUGUAUAUUCUCGGGGCCCUUCCAACUGUGAAACUGCCCUUGUCCUCUCAGCUCCUGCAUGGAUCGGGGUCAAGUGGAGGGUACUGCGGAUGGGGAUGUUCCUGCCCAUAAAGAUUUUGGGGAAGAAGGUUAACCCUAAGGCACAGAAGUGUUCCAUCUGAAUUGAAAAGGACAGUUGAGGGGUACGUCUAGGACGGGUUCUUUGCGGAGAUGGCGUAGGGAGGUGCAGGGUGGAGAUGGGGGAUUUCAUGGAGCCCGGGCAGCCGGCCCUGCUCGGGGUGGAACACCGAGGAGCUGUCAAGGUGUUUGGAGUUUCUUCUUUGUGAGGAGUCUGGGCUUCCGGGAGGGCCAGUCAGGACAGCCUGCCGGGAAGGUGUCGGCGCUCUCUAUGCGUUUUCAUUAUCUUAAGUUGUGUGUUCAGCGCUCUACUGGUCAAGAUACCCAAGCAGUUAGUAUCGCUUCUGUCACUAGUGCGUUAAGUGUUCUGGUCGGCGUGUGUGGUCUCUGUGUCUCCUUUGUGCCAAGCCCACUCGGAGUUUCUUGCUUCAAAGGCAGAGCUAGUUUCUAAUGGAAACUUUUUUGUUCCUUUUCUUUACAAGGGAUAGGGAUUGUUGUUUUUGUAAAAAACAAGAUGCAGGAAAAACCACCACAAAACACUCCACUCCUGCCCCCAGUCCUGUAGGUUAGAUACCGUUUAAAGAUGCGGGAAAAGACGAUGCCAAGAUUUGUAUUGUUACCUUAAUCACCUUACUAGCAUUGUGCGGCUUUAGGGAUUUUAGAGCUUUUCAGCCAGUCUAUCAAUUGGCAUUUCAGAUUCACCCAGGUAAAAACCCACCUGUGUCUGCUGAAUGUAUAUGUGCUCCGUGUGGCUUUCAAUCCUGUCCCUGGGGCUUGAGCGGCUGGCGUGCGUCCGAGUGGCCUGGCCUCCGUCCGAGUGGCCUGGCCUCCGAGCAGGUUUAGGCUUUAGGCCCUCUCAGGAGUGCACUUCCGGCUUCUCCCCUUCCGGGUGAGAGAGCAGUGGGGAAGGGUUAAUUAAAUGCAGCCACUCUUGGCUCGUCAGGACACCUGAUCACUCUAGAGUUCUUAAUAGCCCCCAGGCGGUGAUCCUGCGGUCCGUGCUCAGCUCCCAGCCCCCCCUCGGAGUAAGCACUCCACAUCAGACGGUCUGCCAUCCACCAUCUUCCAGGAGAGGGGGUAGGCCUGAGGGCCCACAGCCAGGCAAGUACAGUCAGGGCGUUUUAUUCAGCAUUAUUAUGCAAAAACCCACUGGUUAGGGUGGUUUAAGUUAGGGAAUGAAGUUGCCUCCCAGUGACAGGAAUGGCCCAAGCCUGCUUCCUCUUUUGAUUUUGUUUUUAACUGAUGGAUGGUGCAGCAUGUCUUCAUGGUUGUUUGUUGCGUAACUUUAUAUAAUGUGUGGUUUUGAUUCAGCUUGGAAAAUAAUCUCACUACAUGUAGCAGUACAUUCUAUGUGCAUUCUAUGUAAUGUUAGUGUUUCUGCUUUGAAUCCUUGAUAUUGCAAUGGAAUUCCAACUUUAUUCAGUGUAUUGGAUAUGCUAGUUAUUGUGUGCGAUUUAAACUUUCGUUGCUUUCUCCCUUUUCUGGUCGUGCUCUCCCUUGGACAAUGAGCCUCUAGAAGCAGUUUCUGAGAAUUACUGAGCUAUGUUUGUAAUGCAGAUGUACUUAGGGAGUAUGUAAAAUAAUCAUUUUAACAAAAUAAAUAGAUAUUUAAAAUUUAAUACUAACUACGGGAAAAGGGUCCAUUGUGUAAAACAUAGUUUAUCUUUGGAUUCAAUGUUUGUCUUUGGUUUUACAAAGUAGCUUGUAUUUUCAGUAUUUUCUACAUAAUAUGGUAAAAUGUAGAGCAAUUGCCAUGCAUCAAUAAAAUGGGUAAAUUUUCUGA